AUGGAUUCUAGGAUGCAGGAUAGUCACAAAUCUUUCCUGAUCAAGGAUCUUCUUGGAGAUGUGCUGAGGCCCGGAGCGACAGGCGUUGUCCCCAAUGAAGAAGAUCGAGAUGGCAUUCGAAGUGACACUCCCGACACGAGCCAGAACCUGGACAACUCCGAUGUAGACGACGACAUAUCAGUAGGUGACAACCGCAGUGACACUUCAACACCGAAGAAAUCGGACUCUUACAAUAAAAAAGACAUCGAAAACAACGGACGAUCAUCGCCUGUAGAAUACAAUUCGAAUCGAAUAUCGAAUUCAAAUUACAAUUCUCCGUUUAAAGAAGACGAGGAAUUUGAAAAUCGAAGUGACGAACGAAUGAAGUUGUACGACAGUGGUCUCUUUCACCUUUACCGGCCAGAGAGGGAGAGCAACAAGGAAGACGCUACUGAGAACGGUUCAGCGUUUGCGCACAUGGCGGGGUCGUUGUCGGAGAGUAUUUAUGGACGAUCCAUGGACCUGAGCAAGAAUUCCUUCCAAUCGCAACUGUUGGCUGGAUUUGCUGCGUCGGUCAUUGCUGGCAGCUCCGCUCAGAGGGACUCGCAGGAUUCUACUGAUCGCCAACCAACCAACCGCCCGAGCGUUCCGAACACGGGUCGCAAGCCGCGCCGGCGCCGCACCGCCUUCACGCAUGCGCAAUUGGCGUAUUUAGAGCGCAAGUUCCGCUGCCAAAAGUAUCUCAGUGUGGCCGAUAGAGGGGACGUGGCAGACGCCCUGAGCCUCAGUGAGACACAGGUCAAGACCUGGUACCAAAAUCGGCGGACAAAGUGGAAGCGCCAAAACCAGCUCCGCCUAGAGCAACUACGUGCGCAAGCGGCGAGCAACGAACGAGAAUUGUCCGCGCAUGCGCUGCCGCUCGCUUGCGCUCUGCUACCACCGUAUCCUGCAUACAUGCACUGUCAUCUGUGA